AAGAAGUAUUAAUAAUACGUUAAAACAACUGUAAAAAUGUAAAGCACGAAGCCCAAAAGCUCACUGAUUGCACGGAAAAUCUGUUUAUUAGACUGUGUCCGCAGCCAAACCCAGCAGUCCUGUGCAGACCCCAGCAAAAUAAAAACUCCACACCCCCCAUCCCCAUUCUUCCUCACACUCUCUCUCUCUCUCUCUCUCUCCUCUCCUCAGGUUUUCUCCACCGUCAAUGGAGAACUACUCGUACACAUCCUACCCAGACUCAGGCGAUUCCUCCCCCCGAUCGAGGGAGAUCGACUUCGAGAACCCUCCCCCAUGGGAGGACCAACCGCCCUCCAACUACAAGGUCAAGUUCAUGUGCAGCUACGGCGGCAAAAUCCACCCUCGCCCCCACGACAACCAGCUCUCCUACAUCGGCGGCGAGACCAAGAUCCUUGCCGUCGAUCGCUCCAUGAAAUUCUCUACCAUCAUCGCUAAGCUCUCCGCCCUCUGCGAGACUGACGUCUCUUUCAAGUACCAGUUGCCCGGCGAAGAACUCGACGCCUUGAUCUCCGUCACCAACGACGAUGAUCUCGAGCAUAUGAUGCAUGAGUACGAUCGCCUCUUUAGGGCAUCUGCCAAGCCCGCCAGGCUGCGGCUGUUUCUGUUCUCGGUGAAUCCGCCGGUCCCGGGGACUGAGUUUCCCGACGCAAAAUCCGACCGUGAGCGGUUCAUGGAUGCUUUGAAUUCCGGUCCGGCCCAGCAAAUUGAUCCGGCGUCGUUGCCUGCGGGCGGCCCUCCGAAUAAUGUGGACUUUUUGUUCGGCUUGGAUAAGGGAGUUCCGCCACCUACGGCUGUGAAACUGCGGGAUCCGGCCCCGGAACCGGUGGUUCCAGAGCCUGAGAUGCGAGUCGGGCCGAGACCGGGAGAGGAUCGGGUCAUCGGGCAGGAUCCGAAUAUGACUCCCGCGGAUAUCCAGCGGCAUAUCCAGGACUUGCAGAGAUUACAAAUCCAAGAUCAGGCCGUGUACAGAAGGAAGAAUGAAGAAAAUAUGACCGGAGCUUACGCCGGAGAUUAUUACGUUCAGAAACUGCCGGAGAAAGCACCGCCGUCGAACAUACCUGUCACAGUACCCGCGACGAUGCCAGUUCCCUCGGCCUACUGGCCGGAAAAGCACGGCGGCGGUUUUCCGGCGAGUGGAGACCAGGCGGUGUACAUGUUCCAGGGACCGGCGGGUGUGUAUCACGCGCCGGCGCCGGUUGGUCGACAGGUGACGGGCCAAGCGAGCCAACAGUAUUACCCAGUGCAGAGGAUGAGCAACGAGGUGUACCGUGAACAGCAGAUGUACAACAUGGUUACGCAACCGGCGGCCCCGCAAACGAUGCCGGCGGGUCCGCAGGCGAAGAUGGCGGGGUACUCGGAGGGCGUUGGGAUGAUGCGGCAGGUGGGGGUUUCUGACGGAGGAUACGCGCAAGUGGCGUACGAUGGGAGGCAGAUGUACUACACGGCGCCAGGGGGCGUAGUGCCGUCGUACCCGGCAAUGGCGGCGAUGAGCGCAGAGAUGAGACCGAGUGGAGCGUUGAAUCAGGAGGGCAAGGGGGUGGCCAAGGUUUCUCAAACUUGAUGAUGAGAAUAAUAUUAUAAAAUAAGUAUUUUAAUAUUAAUAAAUAAAUAAUGAGUUUUUAUAUAUAUAUAUAUAUAUAUAUAUAUUAAUUUUAUAAAUGCUAAAAAUGGAGUAUGUAUUUCUGCAGCAUGAGUGUUAGUGUUAGCGUGGAGGAGGAUGGUUAUGUUGUAUAUUCUAAUGGUGAAUGGUGACCGGAUGAGUUUAUCUU